UCGCUCGGCUCGAUCCCCACUCUACCGUGCCAGCCACCAACCCCGCCCGCGCCUCCGCUACUAAAGCCGAGGCCUCACCCACCAGGCCACCGCCAUGCUCCUCCCCUUCCUCAGAUCCCACCCGCUCCUCCACCACGCCGCUCGCCUGUCCUCCCCGCGCACUCGCCUGAUCCUCCGCCGCGACUUGCUCCCGCUCGCGCGCUCCCGGCCUAUCCGCAUGGCGGCCCAUUCCGGCUCCGGCUCCGGCGCCAGCUCCCCUGCCCCAGCGCCGCCUGCUGCCGUGGUGCAAAAGUCAAAGAUCAAAUUUUGCCCUGCUUGUGGAAGUCCAACGAAAUUGGCCAUACCUGAUGGUGAUGAGAAGAUGAGGGCUGUUUGUUCUUCUUGUGGAGGAGUUCACUACGAAAACCCAAAAAUGGUUGUUGGUUGCCUUGUGGAGCACGAUAAUAAGGUUCUCCUUUGCAGAAGAAAGAUUGAACCGGCUUAUGGUCUUUGGACACUUCCUGCUGGUUAUUUAGAGGUGGGGGAGUCUGCUGCUGAAGGAGCCUCUAGAGAAACAUUAGAAGAAGCAUGUGCAGAUGUAGAGAUAAUCUCACCUUUUGCUCAGUUGGAUAUUCCACUGAUUGGUCAAAGUUACAUUAUUUUCCGAGCAAGACUGAAGACCCCCAAUUUUUCACCUGGAGCAGAGUCGCUGGAAUGUGCACUUUUUGCUCUCGAUGAUAUACCAUUCGAUUCUCUAGCAUUUUCUUCAAUCGUUGUCACCUUGAGGAUGUAUACUGAAGAUGUGAGGUCUGGAAACAUCAAAUAUCACUAUUGCAUUAUAAACAAAAGAUUAGGAGCCAGCCCGUCAGACCUUCGGAGUUUCGAUAUUGAUAACCAUAUAGCUGUGUGAGGUUUUAAAGGUUCUAAAACCCUUGGCGAUUGAGGGGAAUGGUUUUGGCAUACAACAGGCACACGGCCACACAACAAAAACAUCGCCAUCAGAUAGACCAGUGUUGAAUGCUGAAUCCCCAUGGGAGCCUUUUUUGGCGCCUCUCUGCGGAUUGGAACAGAUUUAGAGGGUGGAACAGAUUUAGAGGGUGUUUGAUUUUUAUGGACUAAUUUUUAGUUUCUCUAUUUUAUUCUAUUUUAGACUCUAAAUUGACAAAUACGGAAACUAAAAUAGGAUUUUAGUUUCUGUAUUUGGUAAUUUAGUAUUCAGUAAUUUAGAGACUAAAAUGAAAUAAAAUGAAGAAACUAAAAAUUAGUACUUAGAAGCCAAACACUCCCUUAAAGUAGGUGCUGGAACUGUAAAUGGUUCGUAUCCUAAAGCCUGGUUUAGCCCUUUUAGGAGAUUCUGCGUUUGGAUGGGAGUUGGGAGGACUGAGAAUUGUAUCAUAGUGCAGCAAAUCUUGGUUGUAGGAUUGAGCUAUCCUGCAUGCCAUACUUGUGGCGCUUCUUCAGCGACCGCAUGCUGUGAUCUGGUUACAAUUGAAUUAUGUGAGCUCUUUUUUAACCAUUUAUUUCAGUUGUAAAGCUUGUGUUGCAUUAUUUUUUU